UUUGGGGGGGGGGGAGUGGGGACAACCAUGGCCGCCGAUCUGGGGGACCCCAAAACUCCCGCGUCCCCCCCGGCCCCCCCAAAACGCUUCUUCCGCAAGAGCGUGGAGGUGCUGGAGGAGGAGGAGCGGGGCGAGCGCGGCGGCGACCCCGGCCCGCGGGGCGACCCCCGGCUCGGGGGCGGCGAGGAGGGCGAGGAGGAGGCGGAGAUGAAGGCCGUGGCCACCUCGCCCGGCGGCCGCUUCCUCAAGUUCGACAUCGAGCUGGGGCGCGGCGCCUUCAAGACGGUCUUCAAGGGCUUCGACACCGACACCUGGGUGGAGGUGGCCUGGUGUGAGCUGCAGGACCGCAAGCUGACCAAGGCGGAGCAGCAGCGCUUCAAGGAGGAGGCCGAGAUGCUCAAGGGGCUGCAGCACCCCAACAUCGUCCGCUUCUACGACUCCUGGGAGUCCUCGCUCCGCGGCAAGAAGUGCAUCGUCCUCGUCACCGAGCUCAUGACCUCGGGCACCCUCAAGACGUACCUCAAGAGGUUCAAGGUGAUGAAGCCGAAGGUGCUGCGGAGCUGGUGCCGGCAGAUCCUGAAGGGGCUGCACUUCCUGCACACGAGGACGCCGCCCAUCAUCCACCGCGACCUCAAGUGCGACAACAUCUUCAUCACCGGCCCCACCGGCUCCGUCAAGAUCGGCGACCUGGGGCUGGCCACGCUCAUGCGCACGUCCUUCGCCAAGAGCGUCAUCGGGACCCCCGAGUUCAUGGCCCCCGAGAUGUACGAGGAGCGCUACGACGAGUCCGUGGACGUCUACGCCUUCGGGAUGUGCAUGCUGGAGAUGGGCACGUCCGAGUACCCCUACUCCGAGUGCCAGAACGCCGCCCAGAUCUACCGCAAAGUCACCAGCGGCAUCAAGCCGGCGAGUUUCCACAAGGUGACGGACCCCGAGGUGAAGGAGAUCAUCGAGGGCUGCAUCCGGCAGAACAAGGCUGAGAGGCUGUCCAUCCGGGACCUGCUGGACCACGCGUUCUUCGCCGAGGACACGGGGCUGCGCGUGGAGCUGGCCGAGGACGACGCGGGGCUGGACCCGGCGCUGGCGCUGCGGCUCUGGGUGGAGGACCCCAAAAAGCUCAAGGGCAAGCACAAGGACAACGAGGCCAUCGAGUUCAGCUUCAACCUGGAGGCUGAUGUCCCCGAGGAGGUGGCCUAUGAGAUGGUGAAAUCCGGGUUCUUCCACGAGAGCGACUCCAAGGCCGUGGCCAAAUCCAUCCGGGACCGGCUGGCGCUGGUGAGGAAGACGCGGGAGAAGAAGCAGGCGGAGGGCAGGGGGGGCCCCGAGGGCCGGGGGGGCCCCGAGAGCGAGGACACCGAGGUGGAUCAGCACGUGAGGCAGCAGCUGCUGCGGGAGCAGCCCCCGCCCGGCCCUGCCGAGGGGGUCCCGGACAAUGUCCCCCCCCCGGAUGUCCCCGGUCCCUGCAGUGUCACCGGAGCCCCUGAGCAGCUCUGGGGGUACCCGCAGGGAGCCCAGGAUGGGGUGUCCCCCCCUGUGCCACCACCGGUGACCCAGGGGACCGAGGGGACAGCAGAGGAUGGCACCGGAGGAGCCACCACGGAGCCACCUGGGCCUGAGGGGGAGCCCUGUGGCUGUGGCGGGGCAUCGGUGACAAUGGGGACACAGCCACAGGUGGCACCCGGGGCACCGGGGCCGGGGAUGGCACCGAGAGUGGCAGCGGGGGUGGCACUGCCAGCUGCGGGGGUGACGGCGGCUCCUGGAGUGUCACCAGCGCAAGGGGUGCCGCCUCCUGCUGGAGUGCCACCAGCCUCGGGGGGGACAGCAGCUCUGGGGGUGCCACCUCCAGCCGGAAUGCCACCAGCUCCAGGGGUGACACCAGCCCAAGGAAUGGCAUCCAUGCCAGGGGUGACACCAGCCCAAGGAAUGCCAUCCAUGCCAGGGGUGACACCAGCCCAAGCGAUGCCACCUGGUCCAGGAGUGCCACCCCCAGCUGGGGUGCCACCACAGUUGGUCCCCAUGGUGCAGCUGCAGCCAGGCCCUGGAAUGCCACCAACAGCCCCUGGGAUGCCACCAGCCCAGGGGAUGCCACCAGGUCCAGGAAUGCCACCACAGCCAGUCCCCACCAUGCAGCCACAGCUGGUGCCAGGGAUGUCACCAGCACCAGGGAUGCCACCAGUGGUGGGGAUGUCACCAGCUCUGGGGGUGCCACCACUGUCCGUCAUGACACCAGUCUUGGGGAUGUCACCGGCCCCGGAGAUGCCACCUCCAUCCAUGAUGCCACCAGUCCAAGGGAUGCCACCUCCGUCUGUGAUGCCACCAGUCAUGGGGGUGUCACCAGCCCCAGGGAUGCCUCCUGCCCAAGGGAUGCCACCACCAUCCAUGAUGCCACCAGCCUCAGAGAUGCCACCCCCAUCCAUGGUGCCACCAGCCAUGGUGAUGCCACCAGCACAAGGGAUGCCACCAGCACAAGGGAUGCCAGCUCCACCCAUGAUGCCACCAGCCCAAGGGAUGCCAACUUCAUCUGUGAUGCCACCAGCCCCAGAGAUGCCACCACCAUCCAUGAUGCCACCAGCCAUGGGAAUGCCAGCAGCCCCAGAGAUGCCACCACCAUCCCCAAUGCCACCAACUAUGGGGAUGCCACCAGCCCCAGAGAUGCCACCACCAUCCCCAAUGCCACCAACUAUGGGGAUGCCACCAGCCCCAGAGAUGCCACCACCAUCCCCGAUGCCACCAGCCAUGGGGAUGUCACAAGCCCCAGAGAUGCCACCACAAUCCAUGAUGCCACCAGCCAUGGGGAUGUCCCAAGCCCCAGAGAUGCCACCACCAUCCCCAAUGCCACAACCCCUGAUGCUCCCUGGCCCUGAGGACCCCUCGGUGCCCGCCGAGGCCGCGUCCCUGCUGCGUGUCCCCGAUGUCCCCGAUGUCCCCGGGCCGCGUGCCCGGCAGCGCCGCGCGUCGUGCCAGCGCCCUGCCCGCUUCCAGCUCACCGUGCUGCAGGUGUCCUCAGCUGGGGACAACACGGUGGAGUGCCAGCUGGAGACCCACGACAGCAAGAUGGUCACCUUCAGGUUUGACGUGGACGGGGAUGCGCCCGAGGACAUCGCCUGCUACAUGGUCGAGGACAACUUUGUCCUGGAGGGGGAGCGGGACAAGUUCGUGGAGGAGCUCAAGGCCAUCGUGGAGCAGGCACGGGGGCUCCUCGGGACCCCCGCCCCGGACCCCCAGGUGGGACCCCUGGAGCCACCAGCGGGUGGGGAAGGACCCCCCCAAUCGUCACCCGUGGGGCGCUGGAGGUUCUGCAUCAACCAAACCAUCCGGAACCGCGAGGCCACCGGCCCCGGGGGACCCCCACCUGCCCGGAGAGCCCUGGGGACAUCCCAAGGGGGUCCCCAAGAACAGGGGACAAACAAGAGCGGAGCAUCGGAGCAGGACGGGCCAGGGGGGCCAGAGAUGGCGGUGCCCAAAGCCCAGGACCUGGAUGUCCCUCAGGGACAGGAGUCAGCUGUCCCCAAACUGGAGGAGCUGGGUGUCCCCCAGGCUUUGGGGACAGCUGUCACUGGUCCCCAGGAGGUGGCUGAACCCACAGGACCAGAGGGGAUCAACCCUGAACCCCAAGAUCUGGGGGCUCCCCAAGGCUCAGGACUGAGUGUCCCCAGCCCUGAAUACCCGGACGUGGCUGUCCCCAAACCUCCGGAGCUCAAUGGCCACCAAGAGCCCCUCGUCCCUAGGGACACAGAGCCAGAUGUCCCCCAGGAACAGGGGACAGUCCCAUUGGAGCAGGAGGGACCCAGGGAACCGCCCGAGCCCACGGAGCCGGACGUGUCCCAAGAGCCAGGUGACCCCCAAGGACUGGGGACGUUUGUCACCGGUGCCUGGGGGCAGGAGGGACCCCCGGGACCAGAGGCCGUGCCCCCCGCCCGCCCCCCGCCCGGGGCUGCCUCCUUCCCGCUGGGGCUCUGCCCGCGCCUGCGCAGCCCCCGCAAGGGCUGGGGGCGCCGCAUCAAGAGCUGGGCCCGGCGCCUGCGCCCCCCGUCUGGGGGGGGAGACCCCCACACAGAGGAGCCAGAGGAACUCGGGGACCCCUCACGGCGAGGGCACUGCCAGCCACCCCCCGAGCCCCCCGACCCCGAGGGCGACUGGGGGGGCCCCAGCUCGGGCAGCGAGAGCGGGGGGCUGGGGGGACCCCCGCACCCCCCCGGGGCCCCCCUGCUCCCCCCGGGGUCCCCCGAGACCCCCCUGAGCAGCGAUGGGGACUCGGAGCCCGAGGACGAGGCGCUGCGGGAGCAGCUGCGGCGGCUGCGGGAAAAGCACAUCCAGGAGGUUCUGGAGCUGCGGGCACGGCAGGACCGGGAGCUGCGGGAGCUGCACCGGCGGCUCCGAGCCCUCAAAGAGGCCCGGGGGGACCCCCCGAAAUGGGGAGGGGGCGGCGGGACCCCCCCCCAGCGAGGCCAUGGGGGGUCCCCGCGGCGGCCUCGGGGGGCCCGGGCACGAGGGAGGGGCCGAGGCGUGGCCCUGACAGAGGUCUCAGCCCCCUCCCCGGGCCCCCCAACACCCCCGGCCCCCCCAAAAAAGGGGCUCUUCACCGACGACCUGCACCGGCUGGUGGAUGAGUGGGUGCAGGACACUGCCAGGGCCCAGGCCACCUCCUCGUGGGUCUCCACCCUGCGCGGCACCCGCGGGACCCCCCGGAAAUGGGGGGAGCUGCCCCCCCCCAAACCUGCCCUGCGUGGGGGGGGCAGCCCCCUCCCCCCGGGGGCCGAGUGAGGGGAGGGGGAGGUUCCCCCUCACUGAACCCUCAAAACCCCCCCGAUUUUGGGUCAAAAUCCCCCAUUUUCAGCCCCCCAAAUCACUUUGUUUCACCCCCAAAAAAACCCCCCUUGUUUUACCUGCCCCCAUUGGGUGACCCCCAAAUUUCCAGCCCUAAAAUGGAAAUUUUAGGGCUCGUUUCCCCCCCAAAUUCCCGUUUUUUGGGUCCUAUAGUGAGACCGCUAUCUCUGGCCCUAAAAUUGCCUUAUUUUGCCCUAAAAUUCCCCCUUUUUUGCUGUCCUUGUGGGCUGAAUCCACUUUUUGGUCUCAAUUCACUCCUUUUUAGGAUACUCGACCCCCCCCAAUUUCUGGCCCCCAAACCACUUCAUUUUGACCCUAAAUCCCCCUUUUUGGCCCCAAAAUCUCUGUAAUUUAUUCCACCCCCCCUUUUUUGGGCCAUUCCCCCUUUGAAGGUGACUGCAGUUUCUGGUGCCCAAAAUCUCUGCAUUUCACCCCAAAACUCCCCUUUUUUGUGCCUGCCUAUCCCAGUUUUCUGCCCCAAAUCCCUCAUUUUACCCCAAAAUCCCAUUUUUGGGCCUUUCCCCCUGUGCAUGAGGUGACCCCAUUUUUUAGCACCCAAAUCACCUCAUUUCACCCCAAAACUCCCUUUUUUGUGGCCUUUCCCACCCUCUUUUUCACACCCCCUGAAUGUGAUGCCACUUGCUGGCCCCAAAAUUGCCUUGUUUAAUCCCAAAACCUCCUUUUUGGGCCUAUCUCUCCUUUUUUUACCCCUCCCACAACAUUACCCCACUUUUUCCUCCCCAAAUCACAGAAUUUCAUCCCAAAAAGUCUCUUUUAGGACCUGCCCUUCCCCCUCAGGAUAUCACCCCAGUUUUCAGCCCCAAAAUCUCCUAAUUUCAAACAAAAAUCCCCUUUUUUGGGCCUUGUCACUCUUUUUGUCCCCACACAAAGUGUCCCCAGUUUUUAGCCCCCAAACAGGCUCGUUUUGCCCCAAAACACAAACGGUUGAACCCCAGUUUCUCAUUUAUCCCAAAAUUCCUUUUUUCCCCAUCAAAACACUCCAGAGCCUCCCAAAAUUCCCAUUUUGUACCCAAAUCCCUUCACAGGCCUGGAAUUCCCCCCUCACAUGACCUCAGUGGAGGGGAGUGGACUGUACUGGUUUUACUGGUGACCCAUCCCCCUAUACUGGUCAUACUGGUGCAACAACCCCCUCUCAUUCCUGUGCCCUUCCCUCAGCCCAUUUUUGGGUCAUUUUGUCGUGUUUUCCUCUCAUCUACCUCACCCCUUCACCAAGCCAGCAAGGUUAUGGGGUGAAUUCUCGGGUGUUCUGGUUCGAGGGGUUGGGGAAGGCGUUUGUUUUGCGGGGAAAUUGUUAAAAAGCGCGAGAAAAAAAAAAAUCGUAAAAUUUAAGAAAUAAAAGCGUGGCUGGUGCGCGCCACUCCCAAAAUGGCGGCCGGGCCCGCCACACUCAACCUGG